AUGUUAUUCAUCGGCAGCCCAUUCGUUGUGCUCCUGUCACUCUUUACUGUCCACCAGCUUGGGCGCGUAUCCAGUCAUCCCAACCCAGGGCCCGACAACACCGUCGCGCCGGCCUCAGCCGGUAACCCGUUCGAGAAAGGCCAUGGGCCCCAGGUCUCUCUUACUCCGAGUCCGAAUCACCCGAUGGCCGCCGUCCUGCCCGCGCCGCCCGCCCCGCCAAGACUCUUCGCCUGGGACCGCAAGCUCCAUAUCGACAGAGGCAACGUCGUCGUCGUCAACCUCCAGACAGGCGAGCCCGCGUACACCAUCAGUCAAUCCCCGCAAGACCAUCGCACCACCAUUGUCUCCAAUAUGCAUGGCGAUCAACUCCUCAGCGUCAGGCUCAAAAAAACCGCCUUCGGUCGCGCGGCCACAUACGACACCCCCUCGGGCGUCCAUUACACCGUCGACCCAAGGAUGGCACUCACCGACCAUUGGUACAUGGUCAUGGAGGGAAAACAGCCCCAAACGUUGAAGUACUUCCGCGGCCGCACCGACAACACUGGGAACGUCUAUUUCGAGGGACACAAUCAGACUAAAGUCGCCUCCUUCAAUUUCGUCAAAUCGGUCGACAAAUCUCAUUGGGCUAAAGACAACUUGGGCAACAUCAAGAAGAUCGUCACCUUAGAGAUCACCUCGCCCACCGACAUCGCAGAUCAAUACUUCCUCGGCUUAUGGGUGUUAGUGAAACGACGAAUGGACCGGUUCGGCGCAUGA